AUGUUUCACCGGCGGCCGGCCGGUGGGCCUCUGGACGGGGCGGGAGGGGACAGAGCCCUGGAGGGGGGCGAGCAGCGCGCUCAGUGCGUUCGGUUCUGCUCCACCAUGUUGCUGAUUCUCUCCACUCUCUUCAUUAUCCGGGUCCAGCAAGAGCGCUACGACCACAGCAACAAACACGCCUAUCGCGUGGUCUACAAGUACCCGUGGGAGCACGGCAGCUUCUUGAAGGACGAGCACUCGCAGUUGCAACUGGUGUAUCUCCACCCGGCCUUCUCUGUUCUUCCCGCCUUCGUAGAGUCUCUGGACGACGUGUCUCUCCUCACGCAGCCUCUGGGCAUGCGCGCCCCUCCCGAUGGCCCUCUUCGCGUCCAUGGAACGGACGAGAACCGUGGACUCUUUCCUGGAGACGCCUCGUCUCUCCUUUCAGGGAACUCCGAGGAGACACCCCCACAGGAGACCGUCGCCUCUCAGUGGCUGGGCAGACAUGACUUGGGCUCCAACUGGCUUCUCUCCUUCCGGCCCUCCAACCCGCACCCCGCAGACCCCGCAAGCACGGGCUCCGCCAACCGUCCGUCUCCAAAUGUGUCUCCGCCGCUGUCGCCGGUGUCUCCGUUGUCGGGUCUUGAGGGGUCGGGAUCUAUUGUGGGCGUUGUGAUGGAUUCACGUCUGUUUCGACGGAUGCGUUUGCCCGGCUGCAGCAGCACAAGUGCCGCGAUGUUUGCAGACCAUUGCUACAUUGCUUUGGUGCGUUUUCCCCUGGACUUUUGCUUUACCUCUGCCUCGCUGCUGGAGGGUCCUGGGACGCCGUUGUCUCCGAGUGGGGCCGCUUCGCCUUUCCUCGACAUAUCCUGGACUUGCUCGGCGCCUCCUGCGGUCGCCUCCGGAGCGGCUGUGGGGAUGGUUGAGGAAGACAAACCCUCAGGUUCCUCCAGGGACCAGCACUGCAUGCAUGUCGUGAGUGGCCUCAGUGUGGCGAGCAUUCAGAGGUACAUCGACCGCGUCUUCGCCAGUGUCCGAGAGGGCUCUCGUGCGGGCGUUUCGGACUCGUUGGGCUCCAGUUCGUCACCCUUCGCCUUGGAUCCUGCUGAGGCUCCUGGGGACAACGCGAAGCCAAGAGAAGGCCCCGAGGCAGGCAAGGGACGGAGGCGCGCGUUGCGCGACGUCGGGACGGUCGCGUACUUUUGCGGCAAUCCUCUGCAACAGCUUUUAGCUCUUGACACAGCUGGCAGUCGCCUCUUCUUUGCGCAGCCUGUUCCGCGAAGGAGGCGCGUAAAUCCGCAGCGGGAGAGCCCAGAGACCGCCCCAGGCCCUCCUCGACGCCUGGGUGCGACUGAAGCGCAUGCAGACGAAGAGGGAGACUCACGCAUGGCGGGGGAAGAGUCGGCACACACAGAGCCUACGCGGGCGCAGGAUUCUGCAGACCGUCAACCGGAUUUGAGGAAGGAGGACAGUGGAGAUGAGAAGGCACCUCGAGAAGCGAGCAGAGCGCGUCCGGGCGAGGCCAUUUCUCUACCAGACGGGCGCCUGGCACAGCGUCCGCCCCACCAGACUGGGAAGAGAGACUCCGAGAGAAGAACAGCAGCCGAGGAGGAGAGGAGAAGCUCUCGAGACGGGGACAGAAACGGAGGCUUGCGGACACGAGCGAGAGUCUCCAGUCCAAGAGCCUCUUCUCUAGGCGCCUUCGCUGCGUUGGCGGAUCUGCCCGACAGAACGGCUUCGCUCUGCAUCUCUUCCGUGUCGCUUGAGGACGGCUACCGGGAGGUGACCGAGUGCAGAGAAGUCCGCAACGAAGCGGCGAUGCAUCUGCGCGAUGCGCCACCAGCGCCUGCUUGGCGGGGCGUCUGGCUGCACUUCGACGCGCGGAACAGUUCCCUUGUUUUGUUUUCCUUUGAUCAAGGCAGUCCUCAAGACCUGAUCCUCACGUCAAUGCAUGCAGACAGCAUGCAACUCAAGUUCAGCCUCCGCAUCCGCGACUUCCAUUCCGGCUGGCUCCUGGCGUCUGAAGACUCGUCGACUGGAAAAAUCCUUCUCAUUGGCGACCGACCGCCGUACGCAGGCUCUCUGCAGUCGAUCGACGUGGAGACAGGCUUUCGCGAGCACACCGAUCUUCACCGUACCGCGACGGUUUUCACUCCUCGAACAGGGUGACACGAGGGCUUUUUUUACUCGGCCUUCAUUGGUUUUUUAUUUGUUUUUCACUUCUCGUUGUUUCUUUCCUUGCUUCUCAUUUUCCCCCACGGGGCACACGCCAGUGCACUUGGGAAGAGGGCUCUCUGUUUCUUCUAGAGUCCUUCCUGCGUCAAGAAACCGUGACCCGUAGACUGUUCACGGCUUCGCAUGUGUACGCUUUUUCGGUAGAGUUUCAAACGCCUCUCCUAGUGUGUCGGGACAGCUCUGGGUCCUUUCUUCCAGAUGUUUUUCUGCUGUUCUUCCGGUGCUUGAUUCUGUCCUUCCCCCUGCUUCUUCCUCACAUCUGUCGCCUCCCAGAUUUCCAAGCGAUGCUCUCGUCGUUCAGAUCUGUUUCCUCUUUCUUGCCGUCUUCGCUUGCCAUAAUGAUCCCCUUGGUCGGAGAAACCGCGUUUCGGGGGAAUUCGUCGUUCUCCGAAAAAGGCGUUUUUCCUCUCGGCUCGCGUGAUCUGCACUGCGAUGUGCCUUUCACUAGCUGCAGUGAGACUGGCCACAACAAAUU